UUGCUGCUUACGUGAUACCUGUCAGCUAUAUAGCCUUGCAAAACCAGUUAAACAUUGAGGUGGGGGGAAGCUGAAUUUAUUCUCCAUCUAUCAUAAGUCCGCGGUUGUACACUCAAGUUGCUUUCUUCCGUUUUCCAUGUCAUUUCCUGUAAUAAAAAGAUGGUGGUCAAAGCAGAGAGAAGCAGCUGACUCGUUACAAUAAUGUGAAAUGAUAAACUUUACAUCGCCCAGGACUAGUAAAAGCAAACAUUGCCACUGCGUCUGCGACGGGAUUGACCGAGCGCAAAGCUCUAGGGUCGUGCAUUAGAAAGUCCUGCACAGACCCCCCGACGGACUGCGGACUCGACAGAAGAGGCAAAGCGAGAGAUGCUCACUCUAGGUUACCCCCCCAGCUGAGACAAUGGUUUGAGUGGCCAAGGGCAUCCCAACAUGGCUGACACCCACUCCUUCAGCACUCAACCGUCUCCAGAGAAACACCGGGACUGCAGCGCGAGCGACAUCACAGACAAGCCGGCAGAGGAACCAAGCAAGAGGCUGAAAGUGGACCAUGAGUGCUGCACCUCAGACCACCAGCAGGGGGCAGAUUUCUGGUUCUGUGAAGAGUGUAAGGAGUUCUUUCUGGAGGAGUGUCCGUCCCAUGGCCCGCCCGUGUUUGUGCCGGACACACCGGUGGACGUGGGUGUGUGUGGCCGCGCCUCGCUCACUGUGCCCUCAGGUAUAGUGCUGGUGCAGGAGGAGGGCGAGGUGGACGUGUGCUGCGUAGACGAGGACAUCCCCAAGGGGGCGCUGUUUGGCCCCUACCAGGGAGAGAUGGUGUCCCACGACCAGUCAUCUAGCUCCUUCUCCUGGGUGAUCGUCGACAAGAACACAUACAAAUGCAUCGAUGGCAGUGAUGAGUCUAAAGCCAACUGGAUGAGGUAUAAUUGUGCAGGAACUGUGAAAUCUGAGGAGGCCGUUCCAAACCCAGACGAUACCAAAAGUCCUACAGCUCCGAACCCAGGUGACACCAAAGGGCCAGUACUGAGGUCGGCGCUGCAUGGCCGCAGGGGUCCGCUGAAGCCCAGCACGGAGGAAGGAGACGGGCCGCCGCAGGCCAAGAAGAAGAAGAUUGACCUCAUCUUCAAAGACGUGCUGGAGGCGUCUCUGGAGGCCUCGCAGAGCCAGGAGAACCCCCUGAACAGCGCCUUCACCCUUAGGAGGACCCGCGGCCACCUCCGCACGCCCAUCAGCACCGCCCUGCCACCGCUAGAGCAGGACUGCAAGGAUGGCCCCACCCUCCUGGAGCUGGGGAAGGGGCAGUUUGACCUGAGCGCGCUGAAGAGGGAGGAGGGGGAGGAAGUGGGCGACGCCACCACCUCCUUCUGCCCGAACUGCGUCAAGCUGAGGCUGCGGAUUUGCGAGUUGGAGGCGGAGCUACAGCGACUGAGGGGGGAGGAGAGGGAGGAGCCAACAACCUUACCUGAGCCUCACUGUGGGGACGAACUGACAGUGGCAGAGGUCCUGACCCCUGGCCCAGUGAUGCUGGAGGACGAGGACCCGGACGUGGACUCGGCUGAUGAGUCCCUCUCUGCCGACCUCAUGGUUGCCGCUGACGAUGCCUCCAAGCUGCCAGCGGGACCAGGUCGGCGGAUCCGGCGCUUCAAGCAAGAGUGGCUGAAGAAGUUCUGGUUCCUGCGGUACUCGCCCACGCUCAACGAGAUGUGGUGCCACGUGUGCCGGCAGUACACCGUCCAGUCGUCACGCACCUCCGCUUUCAUCAUCGGCUCCAAGCAGUUCAAGAUCCACACCAUCAAGCUGCACAGCCAGAGCAACCUGCACAAGAAGUGUCUGCAGCUGUACAAGCUGCGCAUGCACCCCGAGAAGACGGAGGAGAUGUGCCGCAACAUGAUGCUGCUCUUCAACGCCGCCUACCACCUGGCCGUGGAGGGACGGCCCUUCUCCGACCUGCGGCCGCUGGCCGAGCUGCUGAAGAAGUGCGAACUGAAGGUGGUGGACCAGUACAUGAACGAGGGCGACUGUCAGAUCCUCAUCCACCACAUCGCCCGCGCCUUUAAGGAGGACCUGGCCGAGAGGCUGCGUCUGUCCCCCUUCCUCAGCGUCAUCAUGGACAGCCAGCAUGAGGACCAGCUGGCCGACACCGUGGCCGUCUACGUGCAGUUCCUGACCAGCGAGGGCGGCGCGGCCACUGAGUUCCUGUCGCUGCAGCAGCUGGCAGGGGCCGGAGCGGAGGGCUACGUCCAGGCGCUGGACCGUGCCUUCUCCGUGGUGGGGCUCCGGCUGCAGGAGAAGCUGCUGGUGGGUCUGGGGAUGGACGGAGCGAACGUCUCCUCCAGCCUCCGUGCCAACAUCUACAUCGGCAUGCGCAAGGCGGCGCCGUGGGUGCUGUGCCUGCCCGUGAUGCUGCAGCGUCCGCAGGUGGAGGUGCUGGACGGCAUCAGCGGGAAGGAGCUGUGCUGCCUGGAGGAGCUGGAGAGCAACCUGAAGCAGCUGCUCAGCUUCUACCGCUACUCGCCGCGCAUGCUGCUGGAGCUGCGGGCGUCCGCGCCCACGCUGGCCGACGAGGCCCACUUCCUGGGGGACAUCCGCGCCGUGCGCUGGGUCAUCGGUGAGCCCAACGUCCUCAACGCGCUCAUCAAAGACUACCUGGAGGUAGUGGCGCACCUGAAGGACAUCAGCGGCCAGACGCAGAGGGCAGACUCCGCCGCUAUCGCCCUUUCACUGCUGCAGUUCCUGAUGGACUACCAGUCCAUCAAGCUCAUCUACUUUCUGCUGGACAUCAUCGCCGUGCUGUCGCGCCUCGCCUUCGUUUUCCAAGGGGACCACCUGCUGGUGUCUCAGGUGGAUGCCCGCAUCGAGGAAGCCAUCCAAGAGAUCGGGCAGCUGGUGGAUGUGCCUGGCGAGUACCUGCAGGAGUUUGAGGAGAACUUCCGCGAGAGCUUCAACGGCGUGGACCUGAAGAACCUGCGAGUGGCCGAGGCCAAGUUUCAGUCCAUCCGCGAGAAGAUCUGCCAGAAGAGCCAGAGCGUGCUGGCCCAGAGGUUCGACCCGCAGAGCCGCCCUGUGGUCCAGGCCUGCCGAGUGCUGGACCUGUCCACCUGGCCCCGCAGCAGGGACGACCUGCAGGCUUUUGGCGAGGAGGAGAUCCAGCUGAUCUUCGACCACCUGGAGACGAUCCCGUCGGUGGGCUGCAAGACGCCUCAUGAGCGCAUGGAUGCGCGCGGCAGCCUGGUGGUGGAGUGGCGCGACCUGAAGGCCGACUACUUCAGCAUGAGCGGGUUCCGGGAGGUGGCGGGCCACGUGUGCCGCUACCGGCAGCGCUUCCCGCUGCUGCACCGGCUGGUGCAGAUUGUGCGCGUGCUUCCGUGCUCCAGCGCCUGCUGCGAUAAGGGCCGCGCCGCCCUGCAGAGGCUGCGCCGCAAUAGCCGCUCCCGCCUCGCCCCAGAAAACGUCAACGACCUGCUCACCCUCGCCGUCAACGGCCCGCCGAUCGCCAGCUUCGACGGCAAGCGCCCGCUCGACAGCUGGUUCGAGGAGAAGUCGGGGAGCGGCUAUUCCAUCUCAGCCGAGAUGCUGAGCAGGAUGUCCACCUCCGACCAGAAGGCCUUGUUGCAGGGGGUGGAGGUGGCUGCUGACUUCUACCCGGACUGCUGAGAGUGUGAUGUAAGGAACUGUGUUCCAAAGCCAUCCCAUUGUUAAAGACUGAUCAGAGCUGUGUGUAAUUGGCCAGAGGGUGAGGAACUGGCCAUGCUGCUAAGACGGUCUGAUCAGAGGCUCUCUAAGAGCCCUGUCAGUCAUCUGUCCCCUCAUGAACCGAGACAAGCACAUGUAAAGCUAAGCUCUAUGAUGUGCACAUAUUGUCCAACCCCAAAGAGCGACAAUCCACUUAGCACACAUGGAUAUAUCAAAGAAUGCCAUUAUACUUAGUUAUCUUGCGUUUGAAUGUUUCACAGUAACGUUACUCUUCUGAGCCUGUUUAUAGUGGUUCCAUCCUUGUGUUCCUUUUUAUGCAUUGUUAAAACAUUUGAUUUUUGCCAGUUCAGUCAAUGCACACACACACUUUGGUGAAAAAUCGCAGAGUUGAUCCACUUAAACAAUGUGCUCUUCUUCAGCACCUAAUGAGCACAGCAGCAUCGAAUCGCUGGUUGUUGACAGGUUUUGUACAAAUUACAUUUACUUCAUGUAGCUAUAACUUCAUUGUUGAGUACACAGUAUGAUGCAAUAGCUUUUCAAGAUGAUUUUGAAAAAGUUGAUGUUAAGUACAAAAAGCCUUUAACAACGUAAACAAUUAAUUUGUCUUUAUCUCACACCAUAUAAGUAUAUUAUGAAUAGUGUUUUGUAAAGUCCAUUUAACAGUUUGUUUGUUUGUUUGAAUAUCUACAGUUAAAACUUUAAAGAUGGGAAUGUGCCAAUAGCCAUGAAGUAUGCAACUUAAUGCCAAUGCUGAACAUGACAAAAAGAGUUAAAAAGCAAAAAGCUAUUACUAUAAUGCCAUGUCUGAUUACUAUGUGUGUUAAGUUGAAAUUGGUAUAUUAUUCUUAGUAUGGCAUUAUUAGUAUGCUAUUAUUGUAUUAUUAUUCUUAGUAUGCUAUUAUUAUAUUAUAAUAUUAUCAUCCACGUUACCGGUAUGAUUGUGCUAGCGUUUAUACAGCGGAAUGUAUCAUUUCGCUAUUGUCAUAUGACCAACCUCAUUGAAAUCUCCAUUUUGAAAUGUCAAUUUUGAGUCAUGAUUAUAGUCCAUCAGCCAUACAUGCAGAGUGGUAUGGCACCCUUGUUUCUCUGAUUGUAAAAUUCCCAAAGAAUGUUGUGAUUUCGCCUGUGUUGCACCUGUGCAAUGCGCUAGUCUUGCAAAGUGAAGACAGUGAAGCCGAGACGGAGCAUUUUUAUGUGUUUUCCACUAAAUCCAGUCCUGUACGGAUGGUGGAACACUCAGGAGGCCAGGAAUGCCUCACCUAAUUUGCCAAAGUCCAGUUUCACUGGAAAUGAGAGAGUGAGGUGCUGAUGGAGUUUUUUUUACGCUCUCUUCUAGAGGCACUGAGCAGAGGGGCUGAUGGAGUUUUUUACGCUCUCUUCUAGAGGCACUGAGCAGAGGGGCUGAUGGAGUUUUUUACGCUCUCUUCUAGAGGCACUGAGCAGAGGGGGUUGGAAAAUUCUCUGGUUUAGUCAUGCUAUCAUUGUCAUGCCAAACAUCACUAGACGUUGAUUUAAUGUCAGUAAAAUUAAAGUUGACUUCAUGGAAUGUAGCAAAAUAGAGUGAAGCUGGUUGUAUCUGUGUGUGACAUGAAUGUGAAUGUUGGGUUAAUGGGAUCAGUUCUCAUGUGGCGUGUGUGUGCCUGUUAGACAUGGCAGGGUAUAAUGCACAAAGGAGGUCUUUUUGUCCCGUUGGCAAAGCAUUAUAUUGAAUGGUGCACAGGCUUUCACGGCUGUAACAGUCUGAUGGAUUGAUCCGCCAUGAAUGGGACAACUGUCAAUGGCGCGGUGGUGGGCUCUGUGCUGGAUGGCCAAAAUGUGACUGUGUUUUUAAUGCAAACUGCUAAACGCCAUUCAAAGGCAUACCACAUUUGGUUUUAAAAUGUUCAUUUUUUUUACAGAUUUUCAUUUUGCCUUACUGAUCUUGUUUGUCUUGUAUGGAGAAUCUGUCAGGGAGCCACUCUGGUGGGCUUGAUUCUGUAUAAUACAUGUGAUCUAUUCCGCAGGACAGUGUUAGACAAAUUAAUAGAAAUGUUUCAAUGUUAACAAUUGUGUUGGUUGUUUUUACCACAGAGCAAUACAAUAUCACAAAAAUAGUUUACCUUUCUGCUAUAAAUACGUUCUGAUUGAAAAUAAUAUUUAGUGAAUCAUACAGAGUCAUGGAAUGGAUAUGAUUCCUAGUGAUUCCUACAGAGUCAUGGAAUGGAUAUGAUUCCUAGUGAUUCCUCACUCUUCAUUCUUCUUCCUUUAAAACAACAAAAUGUUAAAGAAAUACUGAAUGUUAUGUAACACUAAACUGUAACAUUUAGAGAUAACAAAAAUUAAGCUAAAACAACAAAGACAAUCGUCCACUGAUCUGUGAAUCUUUUUUGGCUGCAUGUAAAACAUACAAAGAGAAAGGUUUUUGUUUUGGGUUAUUCCUUUUACCAAUAACAGCUUUUUAUGAUAAAUACUAGAAUGAAUUUGGGAAUACACAGAUUAGGAGAACAACCAAGACAAUGGGACAUUUCUGUAAUAAUGAAACAUUAUGCAAAAUUAUAACUGUGGAAGACUUCCUAUUAAUGUGCCCAACACUGUAUAUAUGUAAAUGUGUGUCAUAUAUAUCUAUAUUGAGAUAGUGUCACGCAGAGUCUUCUGUGAUGGUCUGGUGGUGACGGUGGUAACGAUGGUUUGGUGGUGGUGUAGUUUGGUGGUUAUGGUUUGAUGCUGAUGUGGUGUGGUGCUAAUGUGGUAUGCUUUUGGAUGGUUAGACUAGACUAUUACCUCACAGUGAGGUAUGCCAGCAAGUACAUAAGCUUGUUCUUUUGAUACAGUUUUGAGACCCUCGGAAGAUGCCAUUCCUCCACCCACUAGUGUGUGUGUGUGAGGUGUGUGUGUGAGAGAGAGAGAGAGAGAGAGAUAAAGGCUGCUUGAGGGACAUCUACCAGCAGCGGGCUGGCUGAGGCAGAGGAGGUGGUCAAGCUUUAAACGUUAGGGUUAGGGCUAGGGUUAACCCUGACAUAAGGACACGCAGAGGGCCAGACUGUUCAGUAAAGCCAUUUGAACUCUAAAUGUUGCUGGAAAUGAAACUUUAGUGGCAGAUCAGAUCGUCGUCAUUUGUGGGUUAGUUUCCUCCUGCUUUGCCAUAAUAUUGCACCUUUUCUUUUCCUUAUAUUUGUAUCAAAUGUCUGUCCAUUGUUGAUUUUCUUUAUCAUAGCCUGAUCUUUGUUGUGACCAUAUUGCAUUUAUGUUUUUUAAUAUUGGUACAUUUAUUUUUUUCCUGUUAUUUCAUACUUCAUAAAAAUUGUGAAUUUUCCAGAAUGUUUAGAAGUCCUCAUACAGUGAGCCAAAACAAAUCCAUGAACCCACUCAGUGUUUCGAUGGGGCUUCAUAACACUGCAUCAGAAUGAGACUUCUAAAUGACCGUCCUGACUUAAGAGAGGAGCUGGUCAGGUGGAGUAAAGGUGGUGGGCCAUUGCAGUCUUACACAGAACAAAUGGCUUCAGGUUUUCACAUUGAACCUUUCCCUGAAUGGGCAAGAGACUAUAUAGUGCAUUCAGAUCUGUAUUCUUCUCACUGUCUUCAUAUUGGUCUGGAGCACCUGUUUUAAAUCAUGUAACACUGGAAUUGCAUUACUCUGAACUGUAAGUGGACAUGGAUGUGUGUGAUCUUGACUGGAUGGGGAAAUGUUCUUUAUACCCACUCUGAAUAUAUAUCACUCAAAUAAGGCUUUAAUAAAACCCUUUUGUAUUUUA